AUGUCAAUAUCAACCCUAUCCCAGCUUGUGGACCAGCAUCGCCCAAACCUCCAGCCUUUGGAGGAACUCUACAAGCACCUACACCGGAACCCCGAACUUUCCAACCAGGAGGUUGAGACAGCAGCCACAAUCGCCAAAAGACUCAAGGAUAUUGGACCUGAUGAUCUGGUCAUCAAACAGCACAUUGGUGGCCACGGCCUCGCAGCUGUUCUCCGCAAUGGCGAAGGUCCAACUGUGCUUCUUCGCGCAGAUAUCGACGCUUUACCAGUGGAAGAGACCACCGGUCUCGAAUAUGCUAGCACCAAGCGCAUGGUCCACGCUGAAAGUGGCGUGGAGAAGCCAGUCAUGCACGCCUGUGGUCAUGAUAUGCACAUCGUCACUUUGCUAGGCGCAGCGGCUACACUCUUCUCAUCCCGGGACGCUUGGUCUGGGACUUUAGUGCUUGCUUUCCAACCUGCGGAAGAGCGAGGUACUGGCGCGCAAGCCAUGGUAGACGAUGGCCUGUAUACCAAGCAUGGAGUCCCUGUCCCCGAUUUUGUUCUAGGAGCUCAUGUUAGACCAUUGCGUACCGGCACGAUUGGUACACGUAGGGGACUUGUUGCUACCAGUGCGGACAACUUCAAAGUCACCAUUCACGGCAAAGGCUCCCACGCGAGUAUGCCGCAUACCGCGAUAGAUCCGAUUGCGAUUUCCGCCAAUGCCAUUCUCAAACUACAGACACUUGUUAGUCGAGAGGUCGAUCCAGCAGAGUCCAGUGUUGUCACCGUCACGAGUGUGCAUGCAGGCGAUGCGGAGAAUGUCAUCGCUGACUCGGCCGUUCUCGGAGUGGACACCCGAUCUACAACCAUCGCAACGCGCGAACGACUGCUGAAGCGUAUCAAAACCGUUAUUGAGGCAGAGUGCUCUUGCGCCAAUGUGAUCAAAAGUCCAGAGUUUGUUCAAACGAGAGCUUUUCCUCUGACCAUCAACGACGAAGCUGUAACCCAGAGAGUGGAGGACUCAUUUGCAGCACAUUUUGGCGAAGGGCCUGAGAAAUACGACAGGAACAUGCCAAGACUUGGAUUCAGCGAGGACUUUUCCAUUUUGGCAACGGCUGUGGAUAAACCAUAUUGUUUCUUUACUUACGGCUGUGUUGGUGAAGAGGCGUGGGAUAAGGCUGAGAAGGAGGGAACUAUUGCACAAACAAUUGCUGCGAAUCACUCGUCUAGGUUUGCACCAGUCAUCCAGCCGACACUUAGAACUGGACUAGAUGGGUAUGCGCUUGGGGCUUUGACAUUUCUGGCUAAGGGACAAUAA